CGGAACUUCGAUCUCGUCGAAAUUUAAUAUUUUCUACGUUUUUGAUAAUAAAACGAUAAAAAAAACCCCGCCGAAAUGGAGACUUCUCAGAUUCGCCAGAACUACGACCGCGACUGCGAGGCUUUGAUCAACAAGAUGAUCAACUUGGAGCUUUACGCUGAAUACAUUUACACUUCAAUGGCUUUCUACUUCAAACGGGACGAUGUCGCUCUUGCUGGUUUCGCCAAGUUCUUCAAGAAGAACAGCGAGGAGGAGCGUGAGCAUGCUGAGAAGUUCAUGGAGUUCCAGAACAAGAGGGGAGGACGCAUUGUGCUUCAGGACAUCAAGAAACCUGAUCGUGAUGUUUGGGGCAAUGGACUGAUUGCUAUGCAGUGUGCUCUUCAGCUGGAGAAGAACGUCAACCAGGCUCUGCUGGAUCUGCACAAGGUCGCCUCUGAGAAGGGAGACCCUCAUCUGUGUGACCUCCUGGAGACUCACUUCCUGAAUGAGCAGGUUGAGGCCAUCAAGAAACUUGGAGACCACAUCACCAACCUUUCCAAGAUGGAUGCUGGAAACAACAGGAUGGCCGAGUACCUGUUUGACAAGCACACCCUGGACAGCUAAAUGCGGCCCUCAGAUCAUCUACAAGAUGCAAAAUCUUCCAGCUAUAUAUUAAGCAAGAUAUUCUUAUCACAGCUCUUGCUUAAAAUGUUAAAGUAUGAUAAAUAGAACAUAUUUAAAUACCAUAAUGUAACAUUUUAAACAAUUCAGUUUUGUUAUAGCCAAGCCAAUGCUUUAACAGGAAUGUGUACUAAUUGAUUUUAAUGUGGUGAAUUUGAUGAAUAAAUAUUUUUGGCUGGA